GUAUAGGUUCAAUCCCAGAAUCAUUUUCUGUGUGGAAAGAAAAGAUGGAGCAUUCAAGCUAGGUGAAAUCCCCAGCAAUAAAUGCAAUCAAACGUAUUGGCACUGCCAAAUAAAAAUUAUUAUAAUCACAUCACAAGGAAUAGAUGUGCACCACACUGUGCAUUUAAGAAAGCCAAAGUUGUCACAUGCAUGCCCCAAGCCAUACUGGAACUAGGUUCAUUAAAGACUGGUAUUGGCUGUGUGGACACACUGUUUACACAUCUCUCCCCAUAUACUGGAGUGGAAGAUGUCCGUUGGUAAGCUUGGAAGAGCACUCCAUGAUUAUCCAACCACAAAGCCAUAACAAUAUGACAAAACAAAGGAAAAAACUGCUUCAUCUCCAGCCGCAGUUCUGUUAGCAUCUAGGCAGAAAAACCCAGUGCCAAAAGAAACAUUGGACUGGUACCAAAAGGUUCUUUGAAGGCAUAUUUCCAGCAAUAGGCGUCAACAGCCUGCAAAUAGAAGUUACAAGAUAUGAACUGAUUAUGUUUAUUAACACCACCAAAGACACUCUAACGGCUAUCAAAGAGGAACUGAGAGGACUCCGCCUAACUACUCUGCAAAACAGACUGGUUCUGGAUCAACUUACUGCGGUGAGAGGAGGAGUGUGUGUUAUAGUAGGAACAUCUUGCUGCACAUUCAUCCCUGACAACAAUGUUAAUGGACAUUUGAUUGAUGAAGGUUUAAAGUAUAUGACCAGAAUUGCUCAAGAAUUACAGGAAAGGGAAGUAAAAUUGAUAGAAAACGGGCUCUUAGCCCCCUCUCUCCCUGCAUUUACUCGUUAACCUUGGGGAGCAAGAGAAAGAUGGAGAUGGGUAAAAGAGUUUGUUAUUGUUUCAGAACAUCUGUUUUUAUUAUCUGGAUAUGUAUAUAUGAUUCUUGAAAACCAGCCCACAUAGGAGAUCUGGAUUUGUCCAGCUAAGGAAAUCUGCUUCCAGGACAUCUGAACAAUAUAAAGUAUUGUUUUUGUCUUCAGUAUUGUAUUAGAUUCCUAUAUGAUGUAAUGUAUAUUCUUAUUGUACAAUCACCACACCACCCCUUGACAAUGUAUAAAAGCUUGUGUAUUCUAUUUUAAGAAAUGGGCUAAGUUGAUCCCUGAAAAUAAGCAUUGAGGAAAAAAUGUAACAUUCUUCCCUCAGCUUGAAAGUCAUUCCUGAAAGGACUGAGCAUGUUCUGGUGGCACUGGAGAAUAGAGUAAUAAUCUAACAGUUUUAUAAUUCCUGAGUCUGAUGUGUUUUAUCUCCAUCAGAUUCCCAUCAGCUCACUCUGGAUCCAAACACAGUGAAUGAAAGCCUCCAACUGUCCGAUAGAAACAGAGUUAUUACUGACUCAGAGCAGCUAUAUCCUGAUCAUCCAGACAGAUUCAAUGGAUAUUGUUAAGUGUUGUGUAGAGGGAGUGUGUGUGGAUGCUGUUACUGGAGUGGGAAUAAUGUGUCUAUAUCAGUUUCAUAUAAGAGCAUCAGCGGGAAGGGAGGAGGUUAUGAGUAUAUGUUUGGAUGUAAUGAUCAGUCCUGGAGUUUGACCUGCUCCCCUUCCAGUUACUCAUUCAUUCACAAUAUCACAGAAGAUCAGUGUGUCAGUGUGGAUCUGUGCUUUUCUCAAGCUUUGUUUGUGUUGAUGGAAAUCACAGUCAUUCAGUUGUUAUUGUAGUGUUGUAACAUGUAUGUUCUGUUUUGGUUCUGUUCCUUUUCUGUUUGCCUGUGCUCUUUGUCAUUGUUAAGUUUCCUAACGAGUGCCAGUUUGUUUCCAUGUUUACUGAUUUGUUUCACCUGCAUUUCAUUUGUUUCCUCUUUGUAUUUUUAGUCCUUUUUUUUUAUUAUUAUUUUUCUUGUGUUGCCUAUGCUGCCAUGUGUUUUCUAGUGAUCAUCUUUGUUGUGAAUUCUUUGUUUUUUCCUAUUAUUAAAAUGCUGCAAUUAGAUCCUUGCCUGACCACACUGUGACAGAUCACAAGACAUUCUAAAUAUGGAUCUAGCAGCAAGAAGAAGCCCUGAGGACCAGCUACUGUCUCUGUAUUAGGGGGACAUUCGCAGGAGAAUUAUGUGGAUGACUCCCUUGAACUGUGCCACCAAGUUUGCUGGAAUGAGGCCACAUUAGCCCAUUGCGCACUGGGUAGUUCGAGGAACUUAGUUAUAGAAACUAGCCACCAGGGUGGUUCCCCGAGAACUAAAUGUUCCCCUAGGGCCAUUUUCCUUGUUGCAUUCGCACCGCAAGUAGGAACUCUGAAGUGACAUAAGCCAUGCUUGUUAUUGUGACUUUUUUUUGUCUCUAGCUGAGCAGAAAUGAGACUAUCAUCCUCCAAAAAAUGACCCUAUAGGUCAUUUUUUCAAGCACCUUAUUAUGAUCUAUAUUUACAUUUUAAAGUCAUGUGCCCUCUAGCUGGUGUAAAAAUAAAGAUAGUGUUGUGUUACAUCUGUCAUCAUGAAAUGAUGUAUGACUGUCGUUACCAAUCAAAAUGCGUGUUCAUUUAAAUGCAAUGUGUGGACUUUUUACACGGUCCCUUACCCGCCAUUUGUCUUAUUGCCAUUUAGCAAAACUCUUUUUUUUUUUAUUAACGACUACACCUACCCCAACCCUUAGUGAUUUAUAGUGCAUAUACACAUUAUGAGCACAUGCGUUCCCUGGGAUCGAACCCAUGAUCGCAUGAUCACAUGAUUGCAUAUUGUUAUAUAUUGCAAUGCUCUACCAAUUGAGCUACGCAAAACCCUAAAUAUGACGCAGAUCAAAUGGUACAAUGCAUUAAAAUGAAAGUGUCCUGUUGUUGAUAGGGCGCAACUUUAGUAAAUGCUCCUAAGGGUCGUAUUUCAGGGAAGUACCAAACGACCUAUAUGGCCGUAUUGGUUGGAGGACAUGUUGGCAGAAAUACAUAAUCACGUUUCGCUUGGUCCCCUCAAAGAUGUGUUGGAUUUUCUCCUUAGCGUAAAGGUUGAGAUUUCCAUCUAUCACAGUUUUCCAUGUUUGUAGAGUUAGUUUGUGGAAUAAAUAUAAAGGCUAUAAUCUGUGUGUGUACACAGCUUUUUUAAAAAUGGCGGUUGCUGGUGUUUCACGUGCAUUCAGCCAAUCAGCGUACACUUACGUCACUGGUAGUUCCUAUAAUGGGGAGUAGGAGCUAAUUUAGUUCCCCCAAAAAGCAUUCCUAGAACUAAAAUCAUUCCCAGUUCCUGCGGUGAAAGCACACCAAAAAGCAGGUACUUGGCAAUAAGUUAUAGGAACUAUAAAAAGGUUCCUCUGGUGCGAAAGCCCCUAUUGCCUGCGGGAAAUUGCAGGAGCUCUUUGCUUUAAUACACCGAAUAUGCACUGUGGAUGACUGGAUCUCCCCUUACAGUCAAGGAGGUUGAGGAGAAUGCUCACUCCACAAACGGCAUGCCCAUUACAGGUACAGCCGUCCAUAAUCCUCCACACCACACCCCGUGCCCAGCCAACUGGCCACACUGCCCAGCAAGGACUUCAUGCCUGAGCCCACCGCAGACACCGAGACCGAGUCCACCUCAGAGAAAGCACCAGAGCCGACGGCUAUGCCACACUUCACCCAGGAGCCUGAGCCCAAUGGACAGUCUGACCUGGUAUGUGAGGCGGCUACAUCAUCCGUUCCUGUGGAGUUGCUUGUGGAGUUCAAGGGCAUGGAGGGUAGCCCCACCCACACCCCUGUGCUGUGGAUGAGUUGUGCCUAGCUUCUGGAAAUUUUAUAGAGGAACUGGAGGAGGUUAUUUCACCCAUUUUUCCCAUCCGCGCUAGUCUUGUCCAGCUCAAAGUCUCCUGUAUCUCCAGAGUUCCCACCCAGACUCCCUCUUCCAAAGUCAGCCAGUUCCUCAGCCCUGCCUCCACUGGUUCCCUUCAGCCUCUCACCCCUACUCUGACACCUCUGCAUGAUGUCGAUUUACCUCAGGUGUUCAGUUCUCCAGCUCUGCCCAGUAAAGAGAAUUCCUCAGCUCCGCCUCCAGCCGCUGAUCCCGUCACUCCACCUCAUCCUGUCGACCUAUUGGCUCUGCCUUGGCUUCUCCCUCAGCUCCACCAGAUACCAUCAUCCUAACAGCCUUGUCCCUCCAGCUCCACCUUGAUCAGACAUCUACCUGCCUGCACCACUGACUUACGAACCGUACAGUGCCCUCCGUCUCUCCACCCCUUUGGCUCUGUCUGGCUUUGUCUUCCCUCCAGCUUCGCCUUGGUCCUUAGGCACCCUGGCUCCACCUCUGAUGCUUGUUGCUGUGGCUUCAUCUCAGCCUCCAGGACCCAUCGAUGUUGCCUGGUCCCAUUUGAUCCAUCGGUGUCGCCCGGUCCCUCGGCCUCCAGGACCCAUCGGUGUCGCCUGGUCACAAAUGCAUGCAUUUUGUGGAGGAACAUUGUUUUGUUUGUGCUUUGGCUCUGCGUGACUGAGUGGAUGAAUAUGUUUAUCCUACUGCUCAUAAAACGUUCACUACUAAGCUUAAGAUACAACAGACGGAAAGGACCUCAAGCUGACUAGCUGAAGACGUUACUGUAGCUUUACCCACUAAUAAACACUGUACUUCCUUGAAAAUAAGUUCCAGCACAGCGCUACAACAACCAUAAUAAAAUGACCCUUUACAAUAGAUAACGCUUUACAGUGAACUGUUAGAGAGCUAAAUAUGGAAAUUUAACUGUUCAAUAAAAUGCUUUACUCACCUGUUGAGCAAUAAAAACGCCAUCAUCUCCGCAUUUUUUACAACAUUUCAAAUCCCUCAGUUCUCACCAUUUCCUGAAAGAAAGAAUCCCAUCGAUAAUGACCUCUGUCAGUACUUCUUACUACAUGUAAAAGAAACCUACUGUACCUAAAAAAAACUUUGUCUUCUAUUGUAUUUGUUCUAUUUUUUGUCCUUUGCUUUUUUUGUUCUUAUUUUUAAAAAUAAAAUAAAAUAAAAUAAUAUAGCAAAAAUAACUAUGUUGUGAUAUAGUUACUUACUGUAAAAUACAUUUUCUUGAAUAACUGAAAGAAUCUUGAGAGAUUUUGGUCAUAUCACCCACUCCAAAGUGGCACAUAAUAUGAACUCUUCUUUAUGAUGUCAUAAACUCUUUUCAGUAUGUGUUUGCAAACCACAUUUGUUACUAUUUGCAUUUUAAUAAUAUAAUAUCUGGUAUAAAUGGUUUCUGCACCCAAACAUGUACACUUCCAUGCCCGUUUGUGACAGCAACGUGUGAACGGGGCUUUUAUUUUGGUCUGGCGAUGUGACGUCAUAAAGCAGCGCCGCACUUCUGCGUCUGUUGUAUUUAACCUAUGUGUUUAACCUGAAGAAAGAGUCCAAACACACAGAAAAACUCCUGGAGAAGAACUGAGUUCCAUGUAACGUACGUUAAGAUGGCGUUGAUUAAAGAGGAGAGUGAAGAUGUGAGGAUUGAAGCAGCAUUCAGAGUGAAACAUGAAGAGACUGAGGAACAAACAGACCUGAUGGCACUGAAAGAGGAGAGUCAAGAACUGAAUGAAAUGAAAGAUCAGUAUGAGGAACAUCAUGAUUUCAUUACUGGAGAAAAAUCAUUUAGUUGCUUACAGACUGAAAAGACUUCACGAGAAAGAGCUCAAAUGGCCACAAAUAUAAGUUAUUUCACCUGCCAACAGUGUGGAAAAAGGUUCAACAGAAAAGCAAACCUUAAUUCUCACAUGAGAAUCCACACUGGAGAGAGGCCUUACACAUGCCCUCAAUGUGGAAUGAGUUUCACUCAAAAAGUGAUCCUUAACAGGCACAUCCGAAUUCACUCCGGAGAGAAACCUUUCACCUGCAAACUGUGUGGAAGCAGAUUCAUUCGAAAAGGAUGCCUUAAAAGCCACAUGAGAAUUCACUCCGGAGAGAAGCCUUUCGUCUGCAAACUCUGUGGAAAUAGUUUCAUUCGGAAAGGAAGCCUCGAAAGCCACAUGAGAAUUCAUACUGGAGAGAAGCCUUACACUUGCCCUCAGUGUGGAAGGAGUUUUACACACAAACCAACUUUUAUUGCCCACAUGAGAAUUCACACUGGAGAAAAGCCGUACAUAUGCCCUCAGUGUGCCAAGAGCUUCACUGAAAAGGGAAACCUUAAGAAACACAUGAGAGUUCACACUGGAGAGAAGCCGUUCACCUGUCAGCACUGCGGAAGUUGUUUCACUCAUAAAGGAAACCUUAAAAAACACGAGAACAUCCACACUGGAGAGAAGCCGUUUACAUGUGCUCAGUGUGGAAAGAGUUUCGGACAUAAAGCAACCCUUAAUUCCCACAUGAAGGUUCACAUUUAAAUGUUGUGACCAAUGUAAUAAAUAUAUAUUUUGUCAUCGUUCAUGCAGAUACACAUGAAAAGUCAUGCUUAUGUGAGAAUUUUAGCACUUUAUGUGGAAAGUAUAAAAUUGCACCAUAAAUUAUUUGUGAAAUUAGGGUUGUUUAUGCCUCAACUGAAUUUGGGCUAAAUCUGAUUCUCUGCCUUCAUGAUCACUUCUUUCAGUCUCUCUUGCCACAGUUUCAAAAAUUGAGUGGUUGCGGUAGACGCCCUCUAAUUCUGAUUGUAUGAAGGAGGGUGUCGGAGAUCCGCCUGCAGGAAACACAUGGAGUUCUCUAUUUUACUAUAUUUGUCAGAAGAGACUUCAUAUAGUUCUGCUCUGAGGUGGAACAUGCAACAGUCACAACCAGAGUUAUAUCUAAGAUUAAAGGGGUCAUGAUUUGAGAAAUCAACUUUUCCUUGAGCUUUUGAUAUAUAAGAGGUCAUAUAAGAAUAUCCUGUAAGAUUCAGAACUGAAAACUUCCUUGUUAGUCCAAUAAAAGCUUUUAUUGACACCAGACCCAGAGAACGACUGAUCCUGUCAUAGAUCGGUGAAACCCCGCCU